UCCUAUGAGAUUGGAGAACCAGUUUAUCCAGUUACAUUACAGGACAUUCUUGACAUCAUAACUACAGACACAGUGAUACUAAAGAUUGAUAUAGAAGGGCAUGAGUGUAGGGCACUAAUUCCAUACUUGACAAACAAAAAUAAGUCUCAGUAUAUCCCAUAUGUGAUGAUGGAAUGGAUUCAUGUCUCCUGGAACACAGAUGGAUACUGCCCUAAUGUUCAUGUUCUAAUUCAGGCAUUUCAAGAUGCUGGAUAUUAUCCUGUUGGGUUGAAUCUUAGGAAAGUUAGCAUCGCAGAUGAAAAAUCUUGGCUCAAUGUUCUUUGGGUUCACAAUAAGGCAGCUAAACAGUUUUAAUGACACUCCUAUAAGCAGUUGGACCCUUUUAAAUGUGAAAAAGGGAAGAUGAUUAUCGAAAAACCUUUUGCGCAUUAAAUGUUAUCAAGCAAACAGAUUUACCAGUAAAUAUCUAAUAAACUAAGUGAAAUGGGACUGUGUACCCUGUAAAUUUUCUUUGUUUAUGUUUAUUGCCUUUUACAAAGUUGAAUGGGUCUAUGUUUUGAAGACUUUGUUUUUUUUGAUGUGUUACUUUCUGUAAAAUAUGUUUUAGUGAUUUGUGCAGUUCUUAGAAUCCAAUAUUUAUUCCAGUUGAUGUAAUAAAAUAUACAAUCAAAAAACA